AUGAAUGGGUUAGGAGAUGAGGGAAAAACCAACCUGGAUGGGCAGCAGCCUGUAAGCCGUAGUAUCUUCCCUUUCUCUCCAGUCUCUCCAGCGGGCGAGAGGAUCCGCAUUAUGCUGGGAGAGGAUGAUGAUGGACCGUCACCACCUCAACUCUUCACUGAGCUGGAUGAGCUGCUCUCUGUGGAUGGGCAGGAGAUGGAGUGGAAGGAGACAGCCAGGUGGAUCAAGUUUGAGGAGAAGGUGGAGAAGGGAGGAGAGCGUUGGAGUAAACCCCACGUGGCCACGCUAUCGCUCCACAGUCUGAUGGAGCUGCGGACCUGCAUCGAGAAAGGAACCAUCAUGCUGGAACUGGAGGCCUCCACGCUGCCACAGGUCGUUGUCCGUGCCUCAUUGGAGGAGCUGCAGACCCAACGAAGCCCCAGCAUGGACUGGCUUAGCAGUCCAACCACCACACAUCGGAACCUGGCCUCAAGCAGCAUGAACGACAUCUCCGAUAAACCAGAGAAAGACCAGCUGAAGAACAAGUUCAUGAAGAAGCUUCCCCGAGACGCCGAGGCAUCCAACGUUCUCGUUGGAGAGGUAGACUUCCUGGACGCCCCCUUUGUGGCAUUUGUCCGUCUACAGCAGGCCGUGAUGCUGGGAGCUCUUACAGAAGUCCCUGUCCCCACCAGAUUCCUGUUCAUCCUUUUAGGACCCAAAGGAAAAGCCAAGUCCUAUCAUGAGAUAGGAAGAGCUAUCGCCACCCUCAUGUCAGAUGAGGUGUUCCAUGACAUAGCGUACAAGGCGAAGGACAGAGAGGAUCUGCUGGCUGGCAUCGAUGAGUUUCUGGAUGAGGUGAUCGUUCUGCCCCCGGGGGAAUGGGACCCGGCCAUCAGGAUAGAACCGCCCAAGUCUGUACCCUCUGCUGACAAGAGGAAGAACAUGUACGGUGGAGGCGACAGCGGCCAGAUGAACGGAAACACCCCCCAUGAUGGGGGAGGAGGGGGAGGGGGGCACGCCGUGGGAGACGAGCUCAAGAAGACAGGCAGGUUUUGUGGAGGCCUCCUACUUGACAUCAAAAGGAAAGCUCCAUUCUUCGCCAGUGAUUUCUACGAUGCGUUCCACAUCCAGGCACUGUCGGCCAUCCUGUUCAUCUACCUAGGAACCGUAACUAACGCCAUCACCUUCGGAGGGUUGCUAGGAGACGCCACCGACAACAUGCAGGGUGUGUUGGAGAGCUUCCUGGGCACGGCGGUAUCUGGAGGGAUCUUCUGUCUGCUGGCUGGCCAGCCUCUCACCAUCCUCAGCAGCACUGGACCUGUUCUGGUCUUCGAGAGGCUACUCUUCAACUUCAGCAAAGACAAUGACUUUGACUAUCUGGAGUUCCGGCUGUGGAUUGGUCUGUGGUCUGCGUUCUUUUGUCUGCUGCUGGUUGCUACUGACGCCAGCUACAUGGUUCAGUACUUCACCCGAUUCACAGAGGAGGGCUUCUCCUGCCUCAUCUCCUUCAUCUUCAUCUAUGAUGCCUUCAAGAAGAUGCUGAAGCUGGCCGACUACUACCCCAUCAACUCUGACUACCGGAUUGACUAUGUCACCCAGUAUGACUGUAUGUGUAUGGCCCCUACCAUCUUAGAAAACAGUACGGUGGUGUUUGGAGAUCCUCUGGAUGCUGAGAGCACUGCUGUCUGGUACUUCAACAACACUGAUCUACCUCUGAAUGCCACGUGGUCGUCCCUGUCUAAGAAGGAUUGUCUGAAGUAUGGAGGAGAGCUGGUGGGGAAGGCAUGUAAAUAUGUUCCUGACAUCACUCUGAUCUCCUUCAUCCUUUUCCUGGGAACCUACACUACCUCCAUGAUGCUGAAGAAGUUCAAGACCAGUCCUUUCUUCCCUACAUGGGUGAGGAAACUAAUCAGUGACUUUGCCAUUAUUUUGGCCAUCCUGAUCUUCUGCGGUGUGGACAUGCUAGUAGGAGUGAACACUCCCAAGCUCAUAGUCCCAACUGAGUUCAAGCCAACGAGCCCCAACCGUGGCUGGUUUGUUCCCCCGUUCGGAGGCAAUCCUUGGUGGGUGUACGUGGUGUCAGCACUGCCUGCCCUGCUGGUCACCAUCCUACUCUUCAUGGACCAGCAGAUCACCGCUGUCAUCGUCAACAGGAAGGAGCACAUGCUGAAGAAAGGCGCAGGCUACCACCUGGACCUGUUCUGGGUUGCAGUUCUGAUGAUUGUGUGUUCCUUCAUGGGGUUGCCAUGGUACGUGGCGGCGACGGUCAUCUCAAUCGCUCACAUAGACAGUCUGAAGAUGGAGACAGAGACAUCCGCCCCUGGAGAAAUGCCCAAGUUCCUGGGAGUGAGGGAGCAGAGAGUCACUGGUAUGUGUGUGUUCAUUCUGACGGGGCUGUCUGUCUUUAUGUCUCCCAUCCUCAAGUUCAUCCCCAUGCCAGUGCUGUAUGGAGUGUUCCUCUACAUGGGCGUGGCCUCUCUUAACGGAGUGCAGUUCAUGGACCGUCUCCAGCUGCUCCUGAUGCCAGCUAAGCACCAACCUGACCUUGUGUACCUGCGCCAUGUUCCUCUGAGGAAGGUCCACCUGUUUACCUUCAUCCAGAUCCUGUGUCUGGCGCUGCUCUGGGUCCUCAAGUCCACCGUGGCCGCGAUUAUCUUCCCUGUCAUGAUCCUGGCCCUGGUGGCGGUGAGGAAGACGAUGGACUACAUGUUCUCUCAACACGAGCUGAGCUUCCUGGAUGAUGUCAUCCCUGAGAAGGACAAGAAGAAGAAGGAGGACGCUAAGCAGAAGAAGAAGAUGAGGAGCAUUGACAGUGACAUAGAGGAUUCUGACUUCCCCUACACUGAGAAUGUCCCCAGCAUUAAGAUCCCCAUGGACAUGAUGGAGCAGGAACCUUUCUUAGGUGAUAAAGCAUCCGACAGUGAUCCAGAGAUGAGUCCACUCAACGUGCCUCAGAUUAGGAUCGAGAUGGACCCUGAUGACAACGGUUACCGCUGGAAGAGCCGAGGGUCUGAGAGCUCUCUGUAG